UCAAUACAGAGUACAUGAGGAUCUUAUGAACAACAUGGCGAAUCCGACUUCUCAGUUGUUGCCGUUGGAGCUGAUCGACAAAUGCGUUGGAUCCAAAAUUCACAUUAUAAUGAAGAGCGAUAAAGAGAUUGUGGGAAUUCUUCUUGGCUUUGAUGAUUUCGUCAAUAUGGUACUGGAGGACGUAACAGAAUUUGAGAACACGAGCGAAGGUCGCAGAGUUACAAAGUUGGAUCAGAUCUUGCUAAAUGGAAACAACAUUACUAUGCUCAUACCCGGAGGAGAAGGACCAGAUAUGAUGUAAUUUUACACUCAAGCCUGAUGGACUUUGUAAUAAAUAUGUUUGUUUGUUAAUUUAUUCUUAGUAUUUGUGAAAAAAUACAUACUUAACUGGUGUAAUGCUAUAAAAUGUUGGAUUUUUUUGAUAUAUAUUUAGUUAUUUCUGUUAUUUUAUGACACUGAUAAUACAUGGACAAUGAUAA